UCUCUUUAAAUCUUCAUAUGUACAACUAUGAGCUGUCCCGGUUUACCUAUACAUUCAGUCAAUAUAUCUCCUAUUCUUCUUUGCUUUUGUCUCUGUCUUUCAUCCUCGCAGCAUGGUGAGGCCUCCAGAAAAAGGUGUAAAGAAAGGGCCAUGGUCGAUUGAGGAAGACCAAAGGUUGGUUGAAUAUAUUGAAAAGCAUGGCCAGGGGAACUGGCAGGCUCUUCCCAAGCAAGCAGGCUUGAAUAGGUGCGGCAAGAGUUGCAGGCUAAGAUGGACAAAUUAUCUGAGGCCUGGUAUUAAGAGAGGAGGCUUCUCGGCUGAAGAAGAAGCAGCUAUCAUAGCCCUCCAUAAGCAACUGGGAAACAAGUGGUCAAGAAUUGCAGCUCACCUUCCUAGACGAACUGACAACGAAAUCAAGAAUUUUUGGAACACGCAUUUGAAGAAGAAGCUGCUAAGGAGGGGCAUUGACCCGACAACUCACAAGCCAAUUCCUGAUUUUAGUCUUCUUAAUCUUUCUCAGGCUCAGCUCUUAUCAGUUUCUGAUCUGUACAAUUUCAUCAAUCCUUUGGAUGCUGCUCUUAACUUACAGGCAAAUGCUAAUGACUUGAUCAAGUUCCAACUCCUCAAAAACAUGAUGCAAGCUAUAAAUCCAAAUCCUCUUCCAUAUAUUCAGGGAAACACCAACUUGGCAGAUCUUAUCCAACUUAACCGGCUUUUCGACGGCACAAACACCGACUUCACCGUUGACCCCUUACAAGCACAGUCCAUGAAUACAAGUUUCUGCAAUAUUUCUCCACUACUGAAUCAACAACAGACUUCCACUUCACAUUCUUUGCCAUGCUUAGAUGGUCAAAUCACUCCAGGUCCAAUUCUUGGUGACGGCUUUAAUGUCUCCAGCAACAUGUAUAACUCGGAAUAUUCUCUCCCGUCAUUAGUUUCAGCGACACCUGAGAGUUCCAUCAUCAACCCGUUUGAAAGCUUCAAACACAGUUCUAUACCCGCAGAAGCACCUGAGCAGUCCAAUGUCUUCGAUGAUUGGAAUAGUCUCGUGAACGAUGAAGCCAGCAGUUCGUUCUGGAAAGACGUUUUAGGAUGAGAUUUCUACCCACUUCUCAAACUGAAGGUUUCAGUAUAUAAACAUUCCACUAGGUAGUAGUAGAAAUUAUGCAUGUCAGAUAAAGUUUUCUCCUGUUUCCAUUUUGCUGUUGGAAACUCUGUCGGGAGCAGAACCACCGGGCAGGGUGGCCGAGAAUCAUUCCACUUUUUACUUUAGCUCAGAGGAACCAAAAUCUUGUCAAAAUCCUACAUAUUUAUGGAGUCAUCUCCAAAUUGAAGCAGUAUCAUGCCACCAGGCAUCGUCUUUGGCACCUUUAGGUGGGUCUGCCAUGUACAAAUAUAGCUGACUACUUCGUGUAUAUCAUUGUUCAUUAAUAAUAUAAAUUGGUCUAUC